GAUUGGUUGUUGUUUUCCUGGAGUCAACUGUGUAAUUGGACUUGGUAACUGGAAAAGUUGCCCUUCAAAAAGAGCAACUCAAAAAGUUGGUUCAAAUGCUCCCAGAUGUGGUUAGGGAAAGGCAAAAAUAUGACAUAAGGACCCGAACUUACACCAAAUUUGCAAUUUUGGACCCGAACUUUAAUUGUGCUCAAUGAAGGUUCCGAACUCCACAAAAUUCUCAAGUAAGAUCCCAAUUGGACGGAAAACUAAUUUCUUUCAAAUCCCUUAAAAACACCGUUGACGCCGUUAAAGCUCCACCGAACUGAAACGCAGCUGGACAAAAUUCUGAUGACAUGUCAAUUAUUUUGCCAUGUGGAUGCCAUGUGGACAUAAAUUCUUAAACCCCACAAAUAAUUGGAACCACUGGUGGGCUUUUGGUCUUUUUGACCAAGGUUUCCCAUGAAUUAGGGAUAAACUCCCUAAUUUUCACCUGCUGCUUCAUUCUUUGUUCUUGAAAUCGAAAUCAGAUCUGGAAAAUUUCUCAUCUGGAAAAUUUAUGAUCUGGAAAAUUUUACCUCCUUGCAAUCUCCUACCAAUCUUCUGUAGAGUCGAAGAGAUUGAAGAUGGAGAUGGAGAUGGUUCGGCAGUGGGUGGAGUAGUCGUUAUUUCUGACGGAGGCGGUGCAAAAGCUGGCAAUUUGAUUUGACUGCAUGAGACGGAGGCGGUGACUUCUUUGGAGAAUGAAACGGUGAUGGUGUGGGUGAUUGCGCAGUGGCAGAGGUGAAGAGCAGUUCUAUGACCAAGAUCAAGAAAAAGUGCAAGGAAGCCAUUACGCGAAGAGUUUGAGAGCCUAUCGAUCUUGAAAUCCUUUCCCAUUUUUGUCUUGAAAUAUUUGUUUGAAAUAGGGGAGGAGAAGGCCAAGGCAGAGGUGAAGGCAAAGCUUAAUGGCCGAAGCAGGGGCGUAGGUGGAGGUGCAGGUGAUUGGCCUGAAACCAAGAUGAAGUCCACGGCUUCAUGUUAGCACGAGUGAGUUAAUCCCAGGAAGAAGGUACUACAAAUGCCCAUUUUGGCAGGUUAGUAAAGGGUAUUUGGUAAUUGUUCUUGAAAUUAAUUAUCACAUUUCAAGUUUAUUUGCUUUUGAAUCUUAUUUUUAGUACUGCAGCCAGGUGGUGGUGGAGCAAGAGCUUGCAUUUUUUUUUGAAUGGGUUGAUGUUGAAUUAUCGAGUUGGUACAAAGAUAUAUUUAACAGGCUUAAAAAUGAAAAAUUGGCUUUGGAGAAUGAGAACAAGAUGUUAAGAGCAGAAUUGGUUAGUGCAGAGAGUAGUGGAGGUGUUGAAAUGGAAGCAAUGGUGUCUAAAAGAGAAAAGGACGAAAAGUGUAUUUGUGGAAUGGACAGCAAAGAAGGAAUGCCAGAAAAAAUAGAAGAGAAUGGAAGGCUAGAUUCAUUCAAUUUGAAUUUUUAUAGGACUGCUUUUUUUUGUUGUGUUGUUUUCAUUGCUUGUCUGGUUUUGUUGAAGUGAGGUGCGAUAAUAGCCAAUUUAUGUGGUCUGUUUUGCUCAGUAAGAUGCCCAAAUGGCCAUUUUGUGUAGUGCAAUAGGAAGUGGUCAUUUUGCUUCUGUUUUGUCAAUGUAAGAUGACCAAAUGGCCAUCCCACCUGUAAUCACAGUUUCUGGAAAUAUACAUCUGACUUCUUA